AUGGGCAAGCUUCGACGGUUAUACAAGACCGACCGGGCUCAAGAUUUUGAUCAUAAACAGGUACGCAGCGCCCUAUGUUCCGACACGAAUGCUGGAAUUUCAGAUUGCUUUAUGCGAGCACGGCAGAUCUACGAGACGAUCGAUCGGCAAUCAUAUCAAUGGCUCGUGGUCUUCGUUGCUGAUGUUGGGUUCUUCCUGGAUGGUUAUACAUUGUUCGCAAGUAACAUCGGGCUCCCUAUGAUUUCCUAUGUCUAUUGGAAAGAUGAGACCUCGUCCAUAAAGACUACGUGUAUCAACAUUGCUACUCUAGCGGGCACAGUUUUUGGUCAACUGUUGUUUGGUUUCCUGGCGGAUAAAAAGGGCCGAAAAAGGGUCUACGGAAUCGAAUUGACAGUCCUCAUCUUUUCAACGGUUUUCCUUGUUAUGGCGUCGACCGGAGUCAACGAUAACAUGAGUAUUUACCUAUUGCUGAUCUUAUGGAGAUUCAUAGUGGGGGUUGGAGUAGGAGCCGGCUGUCCUCUCAGUGCUAUCAUAACGUCUGAGUAA